UGCACCUGUUCCUGUCUGUUAUGAAAACUGUGACAUAGAUGCAAUUCCUUUCUCCAAUCAAACAAUGGCUGAUUCUUUGUACCAUGAGGGCAGUAUCAUUAUAGCCUGUAACAUGGGCUACUCUACCGGUAUGGGCAAUCUAACAGAGCUCAUGUGUAAUAACGGGGCCCUUUCUACACCUCUUCCUGUCUGUUAUGAAAACUGUGAUGUAGAUGCAAUUCCUUUCUCAAAUCAAACAUUGGCUGAUUCGUUGGAUCAUGAUGCAAGUAUCGUUAUAGCCUGUAACAUUGGCUACUCUACCAGUACGGGCAUUCUUUUGGAGCUCGAGUGCAAUAACGGGAUCCUUUCUACACCUCUUCCUCUCUGUAAUGAUAUCAACGAAUGUACAUCAGGCAUCGUUGGCUGUGACGUAAACGCCCGGUGUGUGAACAGCAUAGGAAGUUAUGCCUGUGAAUGCCAAGAUGGAUAUGAAGGCGAUGGAUUUUCUUGCAAUGAGCGUAUUUACAUCGAAUAUGGCUCUGGGCUUGACCGGUCACUAGGAUAUUUUCGAUACAGCUUUCUAGCGUGGUUUACUGUAAGACUAGAUACAGGGUUUCCUAUCAGCAAUGGCCAACUAUACACCUACAUAACUUGUACAUCAACGGGCAUGAUACAUUUUUCGAACUACUAUCCACGCAGCUAUCACCUGUUCAAGUACAUCAACCCGUCGUUAUAUAAUCUUUUUGAUAUCUACCGCGAUCCAUCUAUUGCGGCAUUCGGUGCACCGGUCGACCUUAACCGCGGCAAUCCAAAGAUCUAUUAUCAGGUAUACGACAUUAACAGGGGGUACGGAAACUCAGCUGCUCUUCUCGCAGCGGUACAAGAAAGACUUGAGGCAUCUCCGUCCCUUCCAGCAGGGUUAGAGUCCUUCCGGUUCAUCAAUGGAAUCAACUUCAUCUGCAAGAUUACGUGGGAAAAUGUGCAACCUCGGGGAUCAGUGGCAGGACAGGAGACUGUUACCUACCAAGCUAUUCUCUUCACUGACGGAAGAAGAAGUGGUGUUCUGACAAUGUACCAGGGGGGCAGUUUCAACUGGAAUCCACUCUCUAAGUCAGUACCAGCUAGAAUCGGUUUCAGUACCAGGCAUAAUUGGUAUAACGUCUAUGAAGGAAACUCUCUAGCUGUACUGUAUGAAAGCUAUCGUCCUGAUCUUAGAGUUGGCAACACUGGUCUUCUGGGCCGAGACAUCUACCGUCUUGAUUCGAACCCUGACUGGUACAUCAACCCACGCCGAUACUGUCAAGAUUGGUACAGAAAUGAUCUGAGUGAGCCAUCCUGGGCAUUGUGGGCAGAGCCAUGCCCCUGUACUCGCUGGCAGGCCAGGAUUGAUGGAAGGUUUACUCGCUGCAACUACCCUAUCUAUGGCUACGGUUAUGGCUACGCCUAUGGCUACGGUUAUGGCUACGGAUACAGUUACGGCUAUGCGGGUCUUCCUAGUUAUUAUUUCGACAGUAGAGGGACUACCUGUUACCAGCCUCGAUGGCCCAGAUUUGGAGGUGGAUACAGAUGUACCUAUGAGUUCUCUGCUUUGAUCAGGGGCUAUAGAAGUCUUUGGCGGUCCAGCCACUACCAAGCAGUCAUGCCACCGAACGCUAGAUUCUUCUCAUUCUUCUAUUACUCCCUUAGUUACUAUUAUUCAUGGAUUGAGAGAGAUGUCCUACCACGCUUCUACUGUUGCGGACUUGCUGGUGGAAAUUUCUGUAGGCUUUAUGAGCAGCGUCGUCCACGGGCUCACUGCUUCGGUUACAGACGACCAUGGUGGGGAUGGUUUUGGGGUGAUCCGCAUAUCAAUACUCUGGAUGGGAGGAAAUACACCUUCAAUGGCCUUGGUGAAUACAUUACAAUGUCUUACAGUCACGGUGAUCCAUUCGUUUUACAAUCAAGAACUGGCAAGGCUUUUAACAACAGUGAACCCGUUGAACACGGAACAGUCUUCAUAGGGUUCGCUGCUACACAAGAUAUCACGAAGGUUGAGUUCCAGCUGAACGACAACAGGACAGAAAUGAGUAUUCUUGUUAAUGGUUCCUCCAUUAAUAUGACGGAUUUCCUAAAUGAUGGAUAUGUCUCACAGGAUCCAACUUUCAUCUUAUCCUCGGAUAAUGAGACCGAAUCCGAGGAUGAGAUCAAGGUCACGGCUCUCUUUCAACCAGAAGGCUAUUCAAGUACGUCCUUCACAGUGACCUUUAAGAAUGGGAUCUUGGAUAUAGGUGUCAUGGUCCCGCCUGAGUAUUCUGAGAACGCAACAGGGAGGGGUCUGCUUGGUAAUGUCAAUGGAAAUAAAUCGGAUGAUUUUCUUUUACGGAAUGGAACGUUACUUACCGAUCAACCCGGGAGAAAUUUAACAGAAGAAGAAAUAUUCCAAUUUGGACAAUCAUGGAUGAUUACGGAGAACGAGUCGCUGUUUGAAUACGGUGAUAGGGACUGGAGCUACUACAACCCGAGUAACUACACACCAAUGUUCUUAGACGCCCUGCUCGCCCUCGACCCAGACAGGACCAGUGAGGCCCGGGAGACUUGCGGGGAUGACGAAGCGUGCCUCUUCGACUUCCUCGCCGUCAACCCCGAAUUGGGAAUGCAGACGAUGGACACCGGGAACCAACUUGACAACGAUCUUCUAAACCUUGAUAACUUCCCUCCGAAUAUAACAAGUGUGACAGAGCUGACAGAAACAGAUGGACUUCAAGAGGAUGAUGUUCUCUUUGUGCAAGUGGGCGUGAAUCUCACCUUAGAGAUUACUGCACAGGACCCUAACGAUGAUGAUGACGUAUAUUUCACUUUCAACGAUACAACUCCUGAUGGCGCAAAUAUCAGUUCAGAUGGCAUAUUCACCUGGACACCCACUGACCUGAACGUCUCCUCCAUUGAGAUCAUCGCCAUGGACAACCGAGGCGCGGAGACCUCUUUGUCGUACAAGGUCCUCAUCUGCCAAUGCGAGAACAAUGGUGUGUGCGACUUCGAGAGCCAAGCUGAGGGACAGGACUUCAAUGCUAAUGGCUUUGCUGUGGUCACGUGCAACUGCACUGAUGGGUGGUCAGGUGACCACUGUGACGUAGACUAUGAUGCAUGUGAGGGUAGCGGGCCUUGUUAUGAGGGGGUUAUCUGCUACGAUGAGCCCCCGUCCUCGGAGGAAGAAUACAGAUGCGGGCCCUGCCCCCCUCAAUUGACAGGCAACGGGAGUAAUUGCUUCGACUUCAACGAAUGUGCUGAAAAUGACACCAACGAAUGUGACCAGAUUUGUGAAAAUGAAUUAGGUUCCUACACGUGUUCUUGUGAACCAGGCUAUAGACUUGGCCUUGAUCAACGUUCGUGUAAUGAGAUAUUCUGUACUGAAGAAUUGAUGAAUUCCACGGGAUCUGAAAACUGUACUUGCGAUCCAGGCUUUGAACUCAUAAAUGGAUCCUGUAUAGAUUUUAAUGAAUGUCUAGACGGUGUCCACCAGUGCCCGCCUGAUAUAUCUACUUGCAACAACAUACCAGGAGAUUAUAACUGUACUUGCCAUUUAGGAUACGAAAACAUGUCCCCGAAAGAGUGUCAAGAUAUUGAUGAAUGUGAACGUGACUUGGAUAAUUGCAACAGGACUGAAUUCAACUGUGUGAACACACUUGGUAACUUCUCAUGCGUAUGCAAGGAUAAUACAACAGAAAUCAAUGGAGUUUGUCUAGGUGCAUUGACGCUGUCACUCAACGUUCGUUUUUCAUUUAUCAAUGGGCUUAGCACUGUUAGCUACCCGGAGACAAUUGACUCCCAAGAAAAUCAGCAGAAAUUGGCACAAGACGUCCUGCGUUACCUCAAUACGUCUUCAGAACUGAGGGACGACACGUUGCAGGCUGUAUCUGUGCAGAACUACAGCUUGGUAGGAAGCUCUCUUCUGAUUUCCUUCCGGGUUGACCUAAAACCCGACUCGUCACUGACGGAAACUAAUCUGGAGAAUAUUUUCAUGGAACUCCUUCCAAGUUCACUACUUAUUGAACCAGACCAUAAAGUUAUGCCCGAGGAUAUCAAUGAAUGUGAGCUAUCUACGGAUGUAUGUAGUAACGGUACCUGUACAAAUACAGAUGGUAGCUAUUUUUGUACCUGUUCUGAAGGUUUCCAACUCGGAAUCGGGAAUGCUUCUUGCUUAGAUAUCAAUGAGUGUCUCGGGAAUCAUGGAUGCAACCAAACUUGUAUCAACUCACGGGGGAGUUACUCGUGUUCUUGCAAUGCUGGAUUUGAGCUUGAUGAUGAUGGUUUUACAUGCAGUGAUACCAAUGAAUGUAAUGCAACAGACGUGUGUAGUAACGGGAACUGUACAAAUACAUAUGGAAGCUACUAUUGCACUUGUGAUGACGGUUACACUGGAACUGGAAAUGAUUCUUGUAUAGAAAUUGAUGAGUGUGAAUCGAAUCCUUGCAUAAAUGGAGCGACUUGCACAGACGGGGUCAACAUGUAUAGCUGUACCUGCGCACCUGGUUAUACUGGAACUAAUUGCUCAAUGGAAAUAACCAUGCCCACAACCACCACCGCCCCCACCACAGAGGGCCAACCACCUACAAGUGCCAUACAACCCAGCACAACUAUUACAGAAGAUACUAGGCCUACUGAUUUGACUAGUUCUUCAACUGAAAUAACUACGCCCACUGCUGCCACCAACACAGAGGGCACACCACCUACAGCUACCACACAACCCAGUACAAUUAUUACAGAGGAUACUAGUCCUACUGAUUUAACUACUUCUUACUCUACCACUCUUCCAACAACGAUCACUUCAACUGAAAUAGCCACGCCCACAACCACCACUACCACAGAGGGCCAACCACCUACAACUACCAUACAACCCAGCCCAACUAGCACAGAGGAUACUAGUCCUACUGAUUUAACUACUUCUUACUCUACCACUCUUCCAACAACGAUCACUUCAACUGAAAUAGCCACGCCCACAACCACCACUACCACAGAGGGCCAACCACCUACAACUACCAUACAACCCAGCCCAACUAGCACAGAGGAUACUAGUCCUACUGAUUUAACUACUUCUUACUCUACCACUCUUCCAACAACGAUCACUUCAACUGAAAUAACUACCCCCACUGCUGCCACCAACACAGAGGGCACACCACCUACAGCUACCACUCAACCCAGUACAAUUAUUACAGAAGAUACUAGUCCUACUGAUUUAACUACUUCUGAUUCUACCCCUCCAACAACGAUCCCUUCAACUGAAACGUUCGUAAGCAUCAUAAGGAUUGAAAUCACAGCCAACAGACGAGAUGGUGAAGUACUUGUAUUCACAGAGGAACUCAAUGAUCAGUCUACGAAUGCUUUUAUGGAUUUGGAAGAUGUCUUUUGCGGUGCGGUUUCAACGUAUUUGAAUGUAAGCUUGAAUUCAGCUCAGCUCAUCAGUAUCACAUGUGAGGUAGUCUCUUUCCGAAAUGGUAGUGUGAUCGGUGAUCUUCGAAUCGGUCUCGCAGCACCAUCUCAGGAUUCCGCUGAUAGUCUUGCUGAAUCAGCCACAGACCUGUCACCUGCGAAUGAGACAUUACCUUUUCUCGACGAUUCUCUUUACGUCGAAGAGUUAGCCGUAGACAAUACCGAUAGUUGUGGGGACAGCAACCCCUGUAAAAAUGGAGGGAACUGCACGGAUGAAUUCAGCACGUAUAGUUGCACAUGCCCAGAGGAUUACACAGGGAAAGACUGCUCAUCAUUCUCUGGUAGGACUGGUCUUUCACCUGGUGCUCUUGUUGGAAUCAUACUUGGUGCUAUGUCGGGAGCUCUGAUCUUCGUUAUCUGCGCGUGUUCAAUAAUAACCCAAACAGUGCGUCGUAAUCAGGCAAAUAGGAUGAUGGUGGGGAUGCAGAAGCCUAGCAACUAUCACAUCUCAGAGCACCGGCGUAUGUUCGGUGACCGACAGUCGGAUCGUUCAUCAGACGAUUACUCAAUUGAAACUUCUCUCGAUCGUCGACAGCAUGAUAUCGGUAGGGCUGUUGAUCGGAUAAGACAAUACCAAGGCAUGGAUAACCCCGGAAGUGAAAUAGGCUAUAAUCGGAGACCAGGAGGUUUGGAUAACUUUGCUCUACCAUAUGUAGCUGAUGGGGAUAGAAGGAAUGGCAGCGAUGAGAGCCCCGUUGAACGAAACCCAUUACACUACAACUACUUCUAAAGCUCAGCUGUAUGUGAAUUGUGAAAACAGUCCCAGCACUAUAUAUCAUUUUGAUUUGCACCCAACCUAGAAUGUGAUGUGUACAGGAUUGAUUCAUUGAAUACAUUAAUCACUGGAAAAUGGCAACCAGACCUAAAGCCGGGGUAGAAAAUAAUGCGCCUCGGAAAAGAUUAUUAUCCUAUGAUCUAGAAUUGAACAAUGCAAAUGUCCAUUUAUCUUCAUUCUGAUCGAUUUUAUUAGAAAUGUUCAAUAAAUACAUGUAUGUUAUGUUACCUGAAUAUAUCUAAGUAAAUUCAAUCAAACUUGAUAUUAUUGAAUUGUGAUUAUCAUGAAAUAUUCACAUUUUUUUAUUUCAAAAUAUUUUAAAGUAUGUUAUACAAGAAAGGAAACAAUAUUAUACACAGAUGGAGUUUGAAAUAUUUGUAGUUUCAUUAUUAUCAAUUAUUUACAUGACAAAUUUACCAUUUUCAUUUCUAGGGGUUUGUUUAUUUGGAACCUUAAUAGUGCAUGCAUGUGUUAUCCAAAAAAGGGAGUAAACAUUAGGAUGUAUAUAUUUUUUGUUACCUUUUUACUUCAAAAUAUAUUUGCAUUUUAUAAAGAGAAUGAUAAAGAAAUGUCCUUAGAACAACAUAUGAAAAUGUAUAUUUUUUAUUAAUGGUUUGUAAAUCAAUAUCAUUCAAAACAAGUAGACAUAAAUGACUUAAGCCAGGAAGCGUUUCAUCUAAAUCUGUCGUCCAAUGAGUUAUCAGAUCUGAUAAUAUUCCUUGAUUUUGAUUGGCUGAGGAGAACAGCUCCUCUUAAAACUGUCGGAUAAAGACGACAAGUCCUUUCAUGAAACGCCUCUCCGGAGUUAAUAAAUUCCACGAUAAACUAUUCAUUUGUUUUCAUCAAUUAAGAAGUCCAUGCAAAGGGUUCAGAUAUGUGAUAAUAUAUCAUAGUCAUUGUAAAUACUUGUUUUAGUUCCUUAUGACAGAGCAAUUUAUCAUGGCUCUGAAAUCGAAUCUAAAAUGAAUAGUGACAGAUAAG